UGGAGUUGGAGAUCUUGAAAGGCAAGCCGGAGAAAUAGGCGAACUAUCGAAGUGGUAGCCGGACGACAAAUCGUGGAAUUUGCAGCGGCGGCGGCGACGACGACGACGACGACGACGACGGAGGAGAAUGGACGGAGAAGAAGGAGGAGGGAUAAGGCUAAGCAAAAGGUUCUCUGAUAAAGCUGGAUCCGGCGAGGUCGAUUACAAGACCAAGGCUGGCACCGCCUGGAGCCAUUCCUAUCUCAACCAGAAGCCAUGGCAUCCUCUCUCGUACCCUAAUCAGCGUCGCAAAUGGAUCGCCGAGCAGACUCACUCACAGCGAGAGAAGCGCGCCGAGGAAGUUGCUCGCGAGUAUGCUCAAGAGCAGGAAUUCUUUCGCCAGACUGCUCUCGUCUCCAAGAAAGAGAAGGAAAAGUUGGAGAUGAUGAAAGCGGUUAGUUUUAUGUACGUACGACCACCUGGUUACAAUGCUGAAAGUGCAAAAGCUGCAGAGAUCGCUGAUGACAGGAAGAAACAAGAGAGUGAUAACCCCUCUCAGGAUCUGCCCAAGGAUGGCUCUGCAAAUGAAAGGCCACCAGAGUCCUCAGGCACAGUUGGUAGGGAGAAUGGUAAGAAACCGAGGCCAAAAGAUGUUUUUGGGCGUGCAUUGCCCACUGAAGAAGAAUUUGAAGUAUUAAAAAAUGCUCCUCGGAUGGACACAGGUGUUUUUGCGAGAGUAAAACCAUUUGGGGUAGAAGUACGCAAUGUAAAAUGUGUAAGAUGUGGGAUUUAUGGUCAUCAAAGUGGUGACCGUGAAUGUCCGUUGAAGGAUGCUAUAAUGCCAAAUGAAGAAAGCCGAUUGAAAAGAGAUGACCCCUUAACCACCAUACUUGCCCAUGCAGAGAUUAGUGAGCCUCUAAAGUGGGAGUUGAAGCAGAAACCAGGAAUUAGUCCUCCUCGUGGAGGGUUUAAUCCGGAUGAUCCAAACCAGCAAAUAGUUGCCGAGGAUAUAUUUGACGAGUACGGAGGCUUUCUCAGUGGUGGCGGUAUUGUCCCUGAAUUGCUGUCAAAUCUUUCAAGCAAACCCAAGAAAAAGAAGUCUUCAAGGAAAAAGCUUCAAUCAUCAACUAGUAGAAAAGUAAAGGACCUAGAAGACGAUGAGAGAAUAUCAAAGAAGAAACAUAAAUCUAAAAGAAAGAAACAAGUCAGCAGUAGUGAAUCAAGUUCAGAAACUUCAGAGUUAGAUAGGCUAGAUAGAAGGAACAAGCACAAGACUUUGUAUUUGUCUGAUGAUUCCGACUUUGAUACGCAUCAUAAGACUAAAAAGGAUAGAAGGAAGCGUUUAAAUACUUCUGAUGUUUCCGGCUUUGAGCGGCCUCUUAUUGCUGAUCGAUAUUGCCCGGAACCAAGCGCAACAGAUAUUUCAGACUCCGAGAGGCAUAAUAAAGGGAGGAAACGCAAGGAUUUUGAUUCAUGUAAAAAGCUGGAAUCUGAAUUAGAACACAGAUCAGGCAGAAAAAACCGAUCAUACUCAUCUGAAGAUUCCGAAUUUGAGAGACAUAAAAGCAGAUCCAAACAUUCUUCAUCCAAAGGUCUGCACUUAGGUAGACAUCAUUCAAGUAGCAAAAUGAGACCCAGGAAGUCUUAUUCGUCGGAUGAUUCUGAAUUGAACAGGCAUCAUAGAAGCAAAGGCCGAAAGAAUUAUUACUCACCAGAUGAUUCUGAUCGAGAGAAACAUGAUAGAGUUAAGAAGACAAGACAUUAGUGUAUCUUACCUUGUGUAUAUAUUCAGAACCUUGGGGGACUCUGACUUCAAAAUAAUAAUGAAUAUCAGUUUUUGGUUCUUCAUGACUGGAUUUGGUUGGUUCCAUGGACGUGUAAUGUACAUUACAAAAUGAGCAAAGAGCAAAGAUGUGAAGAAGCCUUCCGAAUUUCGUUGGAGCUUAGCAUUUCAAAGUAAGAUGACUGACUGGCGCUGGUUUCUAGCAGGUAAUGUCUCAAAAAUUUGAAUUAAUUGAUAUCUAUUACUGGUAAUAUAUGAUGAAAUUACACAUGGGAAUAUGGUCAAACAAGCUACUGUGUGAAAAUUGCACACAGGAAAUUAAUUUAUUGAGAUUUGAUGAAGGAGAGUUAGUUUAAAGUAAAGUUGGUUCGUUGAUUGUUAUAACGUGGUAAAAUAUGUGACCUGAGAUUCAACUUUACCCUUAUUAAGUGAUUUUCAUUGAUCAUCCAA